AUGCGUGAUAUUCAAACUAUGAAAUGUUUGUACGAAAUUCCAGUUAUACAGUCAUCAACUGAACAAUUUCAAAAUGUUUAUACAAAAGCAAAAGCCUCAAGUAGAUUAAUUCGUUUGGCUGAUUGGAUUGCUUUAAAGUCAUUGUCAAUUGCGGUCACUGUUGCUACUCCUUUAAAUCGACCGGUCAAAGUACUUGAUGAUUUUGUUGCACGUCAAAUCAAACAAAUUGAAACAAGAUAUCCAAUUAUAAAUACGCCUACACAACAGGUUGUUGAUAAAUUCAAUGAGAAAACAGAACCUGUUCGUCAAGUUGUCAAUCGGCUUAAAGAAGCAGUUACAACUCUGUUUAAUGUUCAAUUAUAUAUGGGUGGUAAGUCAACAAAGGUUAAUGAUGAUGAUCGUUCACAACGAGAAGUACAAACAAAGUCUAAAACAAAAUUUGUAAGUUCAACUGAGACAAACGGAACUGAUUAUCAAAGUCUUCGUGUUACGGUAACGACAAAAAAUCAAGCGACACCAGAUGUUCAACGUCUUCAUUCAAAAGUUCAAUCAUCCAAUAGUGAACUGAUAUAUCCACAAAUUGAUCAAUCAAUAAUAGAACCAGAAGAAGUUGCUCCUCAUCAUCAUCAACAAUUUGAUACCCCUAAAUCAUAUGAUGUUCGAAUGUUACAUUCCAAUCUUCAAGCAGCUGAACAACGUGAAAUAUGGCAGAAUUUUCGAAAACAGGAUGAUGAGACAGAAGAACAACAAGACACAACAGGACCUCAUUAUCCACAAUUAAAUAUUGAUUCAUUAUAA